UCUUUUUUUAUAAAGAUUUGACUGUUUCAUAAAACUGGAAAAUCGAAUAUGACUACCGACCUUACAUAUUGCAAGUCAAGCAUAUAGUAUUUGAUUAAUACAAAUUGAUGUCAGGUUAGCAGUCAAACCAAUCUUAUUUUUGAUUAAGUAUAGGAAGAAGAUAGAGGGAAACAUGCACCCUAGAGGAGACCAAGACUUGGACACACUUGUUCAAUUAAUUAUUUUGUAUGCGCAACUGGAUAGUAAACCUAUUAACGAUUAAGACUAUAAUUCUUGAGCCAUGCAUAGUAUAUGUUUACAAUAUAGUACAUUAUGUAUUAUUUGGUAUGAUUUUUUGACCCAAUCAAAUAAGUAUUUUUAUAAUCUUUUAAAAUUGCUCCACUAAUUGUUACGUAAGCACAACUGGAUGAUAAGAAAAAACUUAUUAAUCAUCAUUGUGCAGAUAUUGACUAAAAAUAUAAUUCUUGAGCCAUGGAUAUAUAAAACAAUUAGACAAUGGUAUCACUUAUUCUAAUAAAAUAUUAAUUUUUUUUAGCAACAUAAAAUAUAAAAGUGUUUAAUCCUUGAAAUAUUGUUAAAGGUUAUUUCAAAAUUGAGAUAUUUCUUCAUAACUAAAUGAAAUAUUCCGAGAGAUAUGAGAUAACUUUGAAGAAGUAUCUUAAGUCUUGAAAUACCAAAAAUGUAUAUAUUAGAAUUUUAUUUUAAUCUUUGCAAAACUAUAGUGAAGAUACACUAGGAACUAUUUAAUCUGAUUAUUGACCUAAUCAGCAACGAUUUUCCUAAACUAAAAAAAUUGACAAAGAAGCUUGUAUGAAUUGUCAACUAGAACAAAUAAAACAAGUAAGGAACGACGAUAUGAAAGUCGAAAUUCAAACUAUCCUAUUCCGUUGGUGCAUGACAAUGACUCAUUGAAAAAAAUCCACACACUUAUUUAUACUUCCUCAAAUUUGUUUAUCUGGAGAAACCCAAUAAUUUACUAGCAACAUCCCAUCAAACGUUUAAAAGCGAACUCUCAAGCAAAUCAUCUCUGAUCAUUCACAAUACCGGUCGUGAAGAAGACAAGAACAUGAAGCAAAAGAUCCUGAUAAGAAUCUCUAUGACUGAUGAUAAAACACGAGCAAAAGCAAUGAAAACUGCGGUUCAAUUUCAAGGCGUGUUAGGUGCGGAAAUAAAGGGAGACCACAGAAACCAGAUCGAAGUUACCGGUGUUGAAGUCGACAUGAUCUGUCUAACCAACACACUGAGGAAGAAAGUAGCCUUUGCGGAGCUUGUAAGCGUAAACAAAGUCGAACCACCCAAGACACCGGAGGAGAAAAAGCCAGAGCCAUGUUAUCAACCAUGGCAUUAUGUAUAUGGUGUGCCAUCUUCCUAUCCACACCCAUGUGAUCCCUACGGGUACAACGGAAAGGGCUACACCGAGGAACCCGUCUACAAUCACGAACCCAAUUGCAGGAUCAUGUGAGAAGACUUAUGGAAAAAAUAACACAGUUUUUUUCUAUACAGUAAGAUUUGUCACAUGAAUAAAAAAAGCAUUGAGCUCCAAAACCACGCA